AUGUAAAUUUUCGUAAAGACACUCACAGGAAAAACAAUCACUCUUGAUGUUGAACCAUCUGACACAAUUGAUGCUGUCAAGGCUAAAAUCCAAGACAAGGAAGGAAUCCCACCCGAUUAACAAAGACUUAUCUUCGCUGGUAAAUAAUUAGAAGACGGAAGAACACUUUCAGACUAUAACAUUUAAAAGGAAUCCACUCUUCACUUAGUCUUAAGAUUGAGAGGAGGAAUGUAAAUCUUCGUCAAGACACUCACUGGAAAGACCAUCACUCUUGAUGUUGAACCAUCUGACACCAUUGAUGCUGUUAAGGCUAAGAUCCAAGACAAGGAAGGAAUCCCCCCCGAUUAAUAAAGACUUAUCUUCGCUGAACACUCUCAGAUUAUAACAAUCUAAAGAGGAAUCAACCCUUCACUUGGUUUUAAGAUUAAGAGGAGGAAUACACUCACAGGAAAGACUAUCACUCUUGAUGUUGAACCAUCUGACACAAUUGAUGCUGUCAAGGCUAAAAUCCAAGACAAGGAAGGAAUCCCCCCUGAUUAAUAAAGACUUAUCUUUGCUGGAAAGUAAUUAGAAGAUGGAAGAACACUUUCAGACUAUAACAUUUAAAAGGAAUCAACCCUUCACUUGGUCUUGAGAUUGAGAGGAGGAAUGUAAAUCUUCGUCAAGACACUUACAGGAAAAACAAUCACUCUUGAUGUUGAACCAUCUGACACUAUUGAUGCUGUUAAGGCUAAAAUCUAAGAUAAGGAAGGAAUCCCACCCGAUUAAUAAAGACUUAUCUUCGCUGGUAAAUAAUUAGAAGACGGAAGAACACUUUCAGACUAUAACAUUUAAAAGGAAUCAACCCUUCACUUGGUCUUAAGAUUGAGAGGAGGAAUGUAAAUCUUCGUCAAGACACUUACAGGAAAAACAAUCACUCUUGAUGUUGAACCAUCUGACACUAUUGAUGCUGUUAAGGCUAAAAUCUAAGAUAAGGAAGGAAUCCCACCCGAUUAACAAAGACUUAUCUUCGCUGGAAAGUAAUUAGAAGACGGAAGAACACUUUCAGACUAUAACAUUUAAAAGGAAUCCACACUUCACUUGGUUUUAAGAUUGAGAGGAGGCUAAUGAUUUAAACUAUCCAUAUGUUAUAUUAAUUCAUAAUUAUUCAAAAAAAAAA